GUUAUGUAUAUAAAGUGUUGAAAAGGUUAUGUCAGAUAAGUAGCAAUAAAUUAGUGCAAAGUGCAAAUACUGCAAAUAUAAUUUUAAAAAUAUAUACAAUCAUGGUGGAACAACAGAGGCAAAGAAUUGAACAAGAAAUGACCAAAAUGAUAAAUGAAUUGGACGUCGAUUAUUUACGAAAAAUGCAGGCCGACAUGCAUAGAUGCGCUGCCGUUUGCUGUGAAAAUAGGGAAGCUUCUUUGGAAAGAGUUCAAAGAUGUGUAGAAAAUUGCUCCGUAAAAAUAAAUUGGGCGCAAUCUUAUGUACAAAGAGAACUGGAACAAUUACAAAAUAAACUCCAAAGAUGCGUAACGGAUUGUAACGACGACGUAAGAGUACAAAUGGGUCCCAAUCCAUCAGAAUCGGAGAUAGAAAAAUUUACAGCUAUAUUUGAGAAAUGUGCCAAGAAGUGUGUCGAUAAGCAGAUAGAUUUUAUGCCAUCUCUAGUGAAGAAAAUUAAAGCGGACCUCUCUCGGGGACAACCUAAUAACUGAUAAUCUCACCUUGCCUCACAUAAAAUAUUUUUAGAAUUUUCACCUUUAAAAAGAUGUGUACUUCCAACUACUUACUUGUCUGCUCAUUAAAAGGUGUUUGUAGAUAUUUAA